GACUGUGAAAUGCUUGUGUUCAGCUGGCUGAAUGUUUUUUGAUCUUUUCUGGAUCAGCAAAGUUUAUACAUUAGUAAAGGACCUUCCGAUGAGCUACAUGUAAGCCUCCUGGAAUUGGAAAAGAUAAUGGAAAGUGAUAUCUUGGAUUCUUUGCUCAUCUACACGAUAUCCGACUCCUUCCAAUGUACCUGCCCGUUUCUUCCUUUGGCAUCUUCAGUAAAUAUGUUAUCUACCAACGCAUGAUUUAUCAGAGAGACUGUGCACGCCCAUUACGCAAGGAGAGUGAGAUCCCCUGUUUGUGGGAAGGUGAAACAAGUGACUGCACAGACAUCAACUGCCCUUAUCUCCACACAAAGGCGCGCUACAUUAACAACCUUUUCCUGCCACCCUCUAUUGAUGUAUCGAGCGAGAUGACAGAAGAGACAGAGGAAAUAGAAGAAACAGGGGAGACAGAAGAGACAGAGUACAAUUUUUGGGGACCUCUCCAACCUGCACUCAUUAUACAUCUAACAAACGAGGAGGAUGAAGAAGAUGAAGUGGAAGAACAGAAUGACCAUGUAUCGAGCGAGAUGACAGAAGAGACAGAGGAAAUAGAAGAAACAGAGGAGACAGGAGAGACAGAGUACAAUUUUUGGGGACCCCUCCAACCUCCACUCAUUAUACAUCUAACAAACGAGGAGGAUGAAGAAGAUGAAGUGGAAGAACAGAAUGACCCAGAUGAAGCAGGACAGAGAGUGAAAACGUCUGAGGAAGAGGAGGAAGAGCGAGCAAUCAUGGCAGUGUUUUAUGGAGCAGGAAAUAUCUUUGAGGAAAAUUACACAUCUCAUAACAAGAGUGCAGAGGAAGAAUCUAAUAUAUGCAGUGAAGCAGCAAGGAGCAGUAUUCUUAACCGGGAUGCAGUUAAUAUCACGAUGGACAGGAUCCCAGCGGUUGAAGUACCGACGCCAGAAUCCCGAAGGACGCCAGAAGCCCAGCUGAGCUUGGUGUCAUGAUGAUGUCAUCUCCAAGCACUAUGGUCCCCCGCUAGCCAGCUCCUUUUAGAAACAUGUGAUCCCAGCAAAGUGACAGGAGAGUGACCUGAGGACGAGCAGCAUUUGGGAAAUGGGUCAUAUUAUGUUAUGAUGAUGAGAACGUUGUUACAGUAUAUCUCCUAGGGUGUAACAUGGACAAUUUCUGAUCUAAAUAAAUAUCUUUAUAAAAAGUGA